GUGGUGAUGAAUUGUGAAUGUUGCCUUUUUUUCUUCUUCUUCUUCAGAACUUUAGAACUUAUUUUACAUGUGUCAUGCAUUUCCUGUGUCAAAUCGCAGGGCAAGCGGAAGGUCAGAAAAGAGCAUUUCACUUUCUCCAGCUCAUGCAGUGACAGAUGUGCACAAGUGAAGGAAGGAACAUGUGAACCUGCUUUAAAAUGGCCUUAUACCAGUGAUUGCAAAAGGCACAAAGCCUCAGGAUUUGCCUUUCAGCACCUGCCCUGGAUACGGAAAUGUUUUUUCAUCCCUUUCUUGCUCCAUUCUUUGCAAAGAUUGACAAACUCUGAAGAAUUGGUGCAGGGAAAGCGCCUCAGAGGGAGACCACAGCUGCGAUAUAAGGAUAUCUGCAAGACCCUGGGAAUGGACACUAACAACUGGGAAACCUUGACCUCCGAUCGUUCAGCUUGGAGGCUAAAGACGCAGCAUGGCCUUCUCCAAUUCGAAGAGACACUUGUUCGGCAGGCUGAGGCAAAGAGGCAGUCCCGGAACCAGCGAAAUCUGGGGGCUAGACAGGGGACAGAAUGUAUCUGCCCUCAUGUGGAAGGGAUUGCCACUCUCGAAUUGGCCUUUUUAGUCACACUAGAUGCUGUUUUAGGACCUCUUUCCAGAGCCUCUUGAGCAUAGCCUCUUGAGACUGAAGGAUACCAAUGAUGUCAGUAUUAUUUUUAAUCUGUUGUAUGUCUCUUGCUGGUUGAUGACCAUAAUAAAAUUUUUAUUCUUAUUC